AUGACUUCACAACGCUUGGCCCUGGCCGGCCUCCUGGUUUCGGCCCUUGCCUCCGCCGACGUCCCGAUCUCCGUGCAACACGAUGCCACCUAUAUGCUACCGGAAUCUCGCGGCUUGUCAUGCUCAGGAAACAGAGCUGCGCCGGCGGGCACGAGCUGUCCGAUGGCUGGAGACGUCGCUUCUGCUGACUGCCAACCAUACUUGCUAUCCUACAACGGAUCGGCGUGUGUCGCCCCGACUGAUGCGCAGUGCAUCAUCGUGAUAGACGACACGUGGGGGUGCGCGUUCCCUCAUACGGGAUACACUUCUGCCGCAGAUGCCGAAACGGCGGCGGUGUACAGUGCUGGAGGCGCUGAUUACGACCCGACUCAGGACGAGCCGCUCAGUGUGAACUGUGAUGUGGCUUCAGAUGAAAUUGCUGGUGUCACUGCGACAGGAUACGAGGGUAUCAGCACGACCACCGAUAGCCACGGCGGCACUGCUGGUGGUACGACGAUGGAUGGUGCCACUUACGGUAACUAUGGUGCUACAACCAUGACGACGACGGGCGUCAACCAGGAAUCGGUUGACUUUGACGCAACCGGUGAGAACGGUGGCGCAACGACCUAUACUACCAACUACGGUGAAAGCACCGGCGACCACGGAGCUCCCACCGUUGACAAGAGCUACACGCAUGCGGUUGGUGACGAAACGACGGAUCACUACGGUCAGCACCAUCACAGCAAAGACGCCGCGUCUGGACACCACUGGCAACACCAUGACAGAACAGACAGCACGUCCGAUCACUACCAGUCUGGUGGUGAAGGAUACAGCACGGAUCUAGAACACGUGGACGGCGGGUACGGCGGGUACGGCUAUGAAGCUGAACCUACUGAGCCUUGCGAAGACACCGACAUUUCCGUGGGUGGUCCGGGCGGAAAGAUACACGUGGCUCACGAAACGACGGGCUCGCACGCGAUUCACAAGGCAUAUGACACUAUCGAUGACCAUGUUGGAGAAGCUUAUCAAACAGGAGACGGCUACUCAUUUCAACAGAAUCACCUAGUUGAUGAAGCGUACCCAUCUCAACACGCUUACUCGACGGGAGACUCCCACUCGACUGGACACAUGCACUCAACGGAGCAUGCUUAUGGGGAUGAGCAGACGCAUCCAAUUCAUCUGACUCAUCCGUCUGAGCACGUGUACUCGACUGACCAGCACACUUACUCAGCUGAACAGGUGCACCCAUCUGAUCAUGUGUACUCGACUCACCAGACAUACUCACUUGAGCAGGCUCUUCCGUCGGAGCAUGUGUACUCGACUCACCAGACGUACUCGGCUGAGCAGACCCAUCCGAUUCAACAUUCUCACUCGAUUCACAAUGAUUACUCAGCUGAGCAGACUCACAUGACUGAAAAGAACCACCCGUACAAGCAAUCCGAUCCAGCUUAUGGCGCCCACGACGACUACCUGUCUGCCCCAGCUUACAAGACGGAUCAGACGGACGUUUCUCCUGACAUCAUUCCGGAUAUCGUAACGGUAGUCCCUGACAUCCUGACGAUUGUCCCCGACAUUUUAACGCUGAUCCCAGACAUCUUGACAGUGGUUCCAGACAUCUUGACGAUACUCCCAGACAUCUUGACGGUGGUUCCGGACAUCUUGACGAUACUUCCGGACAUCUUGACGAUACUCCCGGACAUCUUGACGGUACUCCCAGACAUCUUGACGCUGAUCCCAGACACCCUGACGGUUGUCCCAGACGUCUUGACCGUCGUUCCUGACAUCCUCUCGGUGGUCCCGGAUAUCCUCUCGGUGGUCCCUGACAUUCUCACGGUUGUCCCUGGUCUUUUGAGCGAAAGCGCGGUUACUGAAGAUGCCGAAACUGACGUUUCAGCUCUUCCUGUCGCGUUGCCGGAGGCAUCGUUGUGA